AUGCCGAAAGCCCCUGAUUUUUUGUUUUACUUAUGGGGCAAUCUCACAAAGGGAGAAAUGAUACACUUCAUAGGUCUGUCUUGGCUCAUAUGGCAGCGUAGGAACAAACUCCUUUUUCAGCAUAAAGCUCAAGAGAUUCAUAUUUGGGUGAGGUGGGCUCAUGAGCAAUUGGACGAGUUCUUAGGGGAGGUUCAGAGUUCUCGGCAAGACAUGACAGCGAAAGUCAAACAGAAAUGGCAUCCUCCUCCUCCAGAUUAUGUGAUCAUUAACACAUAUGCAUCUAUAAUUCAAGAUAAAAUGGGCUCUGAUUUAAGUAUUCUUUUUGUCAAUUUGGCGGAGGCUGCUGCCAUUCGUUUGGGAGUUCUUUUAGCCCACAGAUUGUCUGUUCCGAAGGCUAUUGUUUCAACAGAUUGUUUGGGAGUUGUUAAUGGUCUGAAAUCAGUCUCUCCUCCUUUCUCGGAUUGGGGCAUGUUGGGUAGAGAGAUUCUACCACUUCAGCAACAUUUUCUUUCUUUAAAGUUUACUUAUGUCCCUAGAGAUUGUAAUGCUGUAGCAAAUACUUUAGCAAUUGGAGCCGUAUGA